AUGCUUCAACAAUAUAUGCUCAUCAAAUCAAAAGAAUUGGUUCGAAGAAUUCACAAUGACCGGAACAUUUUAAUCGAUCUCAAGAAAAUGUACGUCGAUUACACGACUGAUGUCAUCGGUACAUCAGCUUUUGGCGUCAAAAGUGAUGCAACCCUUACUAGGGGUGGACCCUUAAGGGAAAUCACAGAAGAUUUUUCGAAGUACGACAUGUAUAGGAAUUUUUCAUGGUACAGCCUAUACUUUUUUCCGGAGUUAGCUGACAUUUUCAGGUUCAAAUUUUUCCCGAGGCUGGCGACAGAUUAUUUUAGAAAGAUAUUUCGAGCAGUGGCUUCGCAACGAGAAACUAACCAAAUUGACGAGAAAGCGAAAGAUCUACUUGACUUCCUGUUGAAGAUACAGAAGCAAAAUGAUUCAUACUCAGACGAUCUCAUAAUAUCACAGGCUGCUAUCUUCUUACUCGGUGGAUACGAAAGCUGCGCCACUCUUUUAACGUAUACUACCUAUGAACUGGCGCAUCUUCCUGAACUACAGGAUAAAGUAUAUAGAGAACUACUAGAAGCCACAAAGAGUUCUAAAGAUGGAAACAUCGAUACAGAAGUGCUUGCAGAAUUAACGUACCUUAAUUGUGUUGUAAAAGAGGGUCUCCGAAAAUACAUGACAUUAACAUGGCUGGACAGAGUAACAGAUAAGGAAUACAAGAUCGACGAUAAAGUGACUCUUGAACCUGGCACGGUUGUGUAUAUUAACAUUAUUGGUAUCCAGUAUGACCCUCAAUACUUUCCUGAACCUAACAAAUUUGAUCCUGACCGAUUUUUGCCAGAAAACAAGCAUACUGUUGAACAAUAUUCCUAUUUACCAUUUGGCGAAGGACCAAGAGCUUGCAUCGGCAAGAGAUUUGGUUUGAUGACAGCUCAGUUCGCCUUGGCAUCCCUUUUACUCAAUUAUAAGAUCCAGCCUGCGCCAAACACGCCCCGACCUGAAGACGUUAAGAUUGACAAUCGUGGAUUAUUAUAUCUACCCGCAGAUUCGUUGCAUGUUUCCUUUGUGCCGAGAUGCUAAAAAAUAGCAAAACAACAACAAUAUAACGUAAAAACUCAUGUAAUAAAGUUACGUUGUAAUUCACAAUUACAAUAAAUAGCUACCUAAUAA